UUUCUGCCCAUUUCUGCCCCUUAAUGCCCGUUUUCCCCUCUGUUCCCCUCCCCCACCCUUGGGGCUUUUUCCUCUGUGCCUCACCCUGUGCAAGGGUCCUUUGCUCUCUGCCUCUCUCCUUCACAUUUCGUGGUUUUACCUUCCCAUUAGGCUUUAAGUCCUGCCCCACCAGCUACCCUGCCUCAGCUUACCCUCUGCUUGGGAGAUCAGAGGCUCCAGGGAAACUUUGGCUAGGGAGGACCCACGGCUUUUCCCAUAGCUGAAUUUCAGGAAGGUUUUGUUGGCUCAAUUUUGGGAGUCUGUGGGGUCGACAGGACCUGAGAAAGAGGUGACUGGGCCAGGGAGCAGCCAGUUCGCCCUUGGGGAGCAGUGAAGGAAUGAUGAGGGCAGAGGCCUCUUGCCACAACCUUAGAACCCCAGAUGUAGCUGUAAGUUUGUUCAUACACACAGACACACACACACACAGACACACACACACACACACACACACACGCGAGGGACCAGGCAGGUCUCGCAUGCUUGGGUUCUUUUUCAGCUUUACUGGGAAGGCACCAAUUAUAUUAGCUUUCAAGAGCCCCAGUCAGGGAACUGUAUGGGGUCAGCUUUUGAGGGCAUCUUUUUGGGUGGGAUUCUCAGUGAUGGAGGUCUGUACCAGCCAGGGAUUCUGGAAGUUAUCGCCUCCUGGUGUGUCUUGAGGCUCACCCAGGGAGGGGCACCAUGUGCUCCCAAGGGAUGGGCAUCUCAGGGUGGUUUGGCCUUGUAGCAGCAGCAUGAUGGGAAUUAAGGGCUUUUCGUGCUUCUCAAAGAGCCCCAUGCCCCACGUCUAUGUAUCUUCCUCCACGCAUGGUGCUGGAAGGGUGAAGAGAGACCAGCUAUGUGUGUAGGCUACAUGUUAGGGGACGCUGGACAUGGUGGGGUAUGGCCGGGAGCCAAUAUCUUAGCCAUCCCAAUUCCUGAGCCUGGUGGGGUGUGAGGACUUCAGGCUCCUCCAGCCUUCCCAAAGGGGUACCAGCCGGCUCCACGAAGCAGGAGGUGCCCACUGCCCGCUUGAAAGACAUUCUUGCCUCAGCCACAGUUCUGGCUUGGCGGCAGCUCUGUUCCCUCUCAAUGUCCCAGUGUCUCCGUGUCACUCCCUCUUGCUCCCCAGCCUACAAUCCCUGCCAAGAGAUUCCUUACCAGGGACAUGAGGCUGUGGCCUCAGGGAGACGAGGCCACUCGCUGCCUUAGUCAAGAGCUGAAGCAGGAACAGGAGUGGAAUAUGGGGAGGAAGCUCACUAUGGCUCCAGUCCCCUGGCCAUGCUGACGGCAGCUUGCAGCAAAUUUGGUGGCACCAGCCCUCUGCGGGACUCAGCGACACUGGGCAAAGCAGGCGCCAAGAAGCCAUACCCUGUGGGCAGUGACCUUUCAGCCCCGAAAACCAUGGGGGAUGCCUACCCAGCCCCCUUUACAAGCACCAAUGGGCUCCUCCCACCUGCAGGCAGUCCUCCUGCGCCCACCUCGGGCUAUGCCAAUGACUACCCUCCUUUUUCCCAUUCGUUCCCUGGGCCCACGGGCACCCAGGACCCUGGGCUACUAGUGCCCAAGGGCCACAGCUCUUCUGACUGCCUGCCCAGUGUCUACACCUCUCUGGACAUGGCACACCCCUAUGGCUCCUGGUACAAGGCAGGCAUCCACGCAGGCAUCUCACCGGGCCCAGGCAACGCUCCUACUCCUUGGUGGGACAUGCACCCUGGGGGCAACUGGCUAGGUGGUGGGCAGGGCCAGGGUGAUGGGCUGCAAGGGACACUGCCCACAGGUCCGGCUCAGCCUCCACUGAACCCCCAGCUGCCCACCUACCCGUCCGACUUUGCCCCCCUUAAUCCAGCUCCCUACCCGGCUCCUCACCUCCUGCAGCCAGGGCCCCAGCAUGUCUUGCCCCAAGACGUCUAUAAACCCAAGGCAGUGAGCAACAGCGGGCAGCUGGAGGGGAGCGGUGGGGCCAAGACCCCGCGGGGGGCCGGCACUGGGGGCAGCGGCGGAUACGGAGGCGGUGGAGCAGGGCGCUCCUCCUGCGACUGCCCCAACUGCCAGGAGCUUGAGCGCCUGGGGGCGGCAGCCGCUGGGCUGCGGAAGAAGCCCAUCCACAGCUGCCACAUCCCCGGCUGCGGCAAGGUGUACGGCAAGGCGUCGCACCUGAAGGCGCACCUGCGCUGGCACACGGGCGAGCGGCCCUUCGUCUGCAACUGGCUCUUCUGCGGCAAGCGCUUCACCCGUUCGGACGAGCUGGAGCGCCACGUGCGCACCCACACCCGGGAGAAGAAGUUCACCUGUCUGCUCUGCUCCAAGCGCUUUACCCGGAGUGACCACCUGAGCAAACACCAACGUACCCAUGGCGAGCCAGGCCCGGGACCCCCUGCCAGCGGCCCCAAGGAACUGGGGGAGGGCCGCAGUGCAGGGGAAGAGGAGGCCAGUCAGACGCCCCGACCUUCAGCCUCCCCAGCACCCCCAGAGAAAGCCCCUGAAGGCAGCCCAGAGCAGAGCAAUUUGCUGGAGAUCUGAGCGGGGUGGAGGGGCUCCAGGCCCAGGGCUGCCUUGCUGGCCUUCCCUGGCCUCGUGGACCACUGCUUGCCCCUCACUCCCUUAGCCCCAUGCAUGCUGCCCCUGGGGCUCUUGCCAGCUCUCCCCUGGCCCGUUUUAGGCCUGGGUGUCUCCCGGCAUGCCUCCGAAGCUCACCCCUCCCUUUGCCCUGAGCCUGUUCCACAGACUCUCAUCUCAGGCCCUCACCUUGUGCCUGGUUUCUGCCCUCUGGCUUCCUAAGAUCUUCCCUCACCCCUGCACACAGCUUCCCUCUCCUCUGCUCUUACCACCCCAUCUCAUUUUCCUUCCAUCUGGGUUCCUGACACUUUGUUUCUCCAGCUCACUAACUCCUUGACAAGCAUCCUUCCUGCUUCCCAAGCUUAUUUACCACUAUUGCUUAGCUUCCAGGCUCCAGUCAUCCCAGCUUCUUCUUCCAUUUGCUUUCCAUGCUCCAGAACGUUUUUUUGUUUUUGUUUUUUUUACAAACAUAAUGAUGAUGAUGAUGAUGAUAAUUUAUUGCCCCCUGGUGGCCUCUUCAUUAGGGACCAGAGUUAGGGGGAUUGGGGUUAGUGACCUGGCAGGGAGCAGGGUGCCAAGAGGGGGGCAGACCAGUGGGGAUCUGAUCCCAAAGAUGGGGUGACCCCAGGGUCAGGGAGGCUGCCCCCAGGCUUGUAUAUUUAACCCCUAUGUUCCAAGAGAAAUGAAUACUAAUAAUAAUAAUUCUAUUUAUCUAAGUUAUGAUGACAGGUCAGGUAGAGUGAGCUGGGGAGGGAAGGAGGUCCAUUUCUGCUAUGGAAAAUUUAAGCUAAGUGUAUCUCGGUAUAGAAAAAGUGUUAGCGGAGAUCUUGUUAAUAGAAUUUCUAUCAUCAGGGUCUCAGUUAAUGGGGUUUCUCUUUUAAUAGAAUCUCUGCUAAUAGGGUUGGUUAGCUAGAUCUCUGUUAAAGAGUUGAUGGGGUGUCUGUCUCUCAAUUAGGGAAUCCCCGAUAUUCCCAGCCCCAGCCAGAAGCUGUGAAACCUCAAGUCCUAUGGAGGGGAGGACUGGAAUGUACCCCAGCUCCCUUGACCCCAGAGCAGGUUCUUCCACUGCCCCUCCCAUGACACCGUGACCCCAUCAGGCUAAUCCCUUGUUGCCAUGGUUACGGAGAGCUUGCAGCUGCCAUCCUAGACCUGCUCUUUGGGGAAGCCCACCUAACAGGAAGAGCACACUGGUUUGAAGAUGCCUGUCCUGGAGAAUAGGUGGGGAAGGCUUUCUCUGGGAUCACAUUCAAAUAAAUCAAGUAUUUAUUGAGUGCCUAUUUUUUACAAGGCACUGCUAGGCUGGUGCCUAGAAACUGCGAGAAAGAAGAAUUUAUAGAGCUAGGAGGACAGAGGUCCCCAAUUUGAUUUGGGCGAUUGCAUCCCCAGGCCCCCAACCAGGGACUUCCAAUGCUCCCAAAUCCAACUCUGGUGACUUUUAAAGCCGCUUCGUGCCUUUGAAUGCCUUUCCUGUGACUUUGGAUCCUCUUUUCCUAUCUCCUGCUCCCUCAAGGCCCCAAGUUAAAGGGUUAAAGCCGCUGGAGCUUGGGGAGAGGGUAAUAUUGUGGAAGGGAAAGGAUCAUGCCCUCAUGGAGUCUUUUUGUUUUUUAUUAUUAUUAUUAUUUAAUAAAAAUUUCGAUUUUAAA